AUGUCAACGUCGGUAGAUAUCAACCAACAUUUCGAUGGACAAAGGCAUUGGUUCAAGCAGUUUACCUACACCAAUCCUACUUUGAGGGAUGCAGAAAAGGCAGGUCCCCUCGAUCCAGUGCCCACACAUUUCCACAGAGAUGUAUUAAACCGGGAGACAUGGCGACCUCGAGAUCUCCUCAGAUAUAUCUCUCCUUCCUAUGGCAAACCAUAUCAUAUGCUUGUACAAGCCGCUUCUAGUCCCGAUAUCCAACCCCAAGGAGAAUGGAGGCGACGACGCGUUGGAGGAAAUGCGCCCACACUUUUGAGGGUGUCUUCAUGGGCCAUUGGAAAUGAACUCGACUCGGCUCAAGAUAUAGCCUUGGCUAUCGGAAGAUCUAUUCUCGUCCUUCCUGUCAUAAUAUUCAUUGUCGUAUAUGGAAUUACCAAUGGCGAUGGGAAAAACAGUGACAAAUACACCAAGUUCCCUCACAAAUGCUAUGAGUAUCCGAAGCAUGCUCUGAAUCAACUAGAUGCUGCCCCAAAUGCAGCGCAAUGGAUGAAAGGGCAGCGCCAAGAUGAUGGAGAUAAAACCUACAUAAUCAAGGGUGAACAAAAUCGCCUUCUUCGACCUCGUGCCUUAGUUGUAUUCCGUAAGAACGAAUGGGAAGUUGUCGAAGAUGGAAGCUUUUCUGGUCCAUACAUCUUCAUUAGUUUUGCAGCCGCCCAAUACCAAAGACCUGCCCCAACAGACCAAGAUCCUGGAAGGACUGAAUUAAAUAAGGAGGCCAUUAAUCAAAGAGCAAGAAAACUCACGUUGCAUCAUGGAAUGGAGGCAUAUUGGGUAGACUUCCAUUGCAGAGCGAAUCAACAACCUGAAACCACUGACGAUGUUCAUCGAUUCUGUGAUGUCACCCGUGGGGCCCAAAAGGUCUGUGUUGUAAUGCCCGACCGUUCUCCACAAGCCCUAGUGUUCUUUGGUCAACGUCUCUGGUGUUUACCUGAAAUCCUACUUGCCCGCGAUCAUAAAGUUAGUAUCUGCACACCCAACAUCCAGAACAAGGAAGGUGUCGAUAACAUAGAAGUUGUUGAUAUUAUGGAGUUCACGCAUCGAUCAUGGGCAAGAAUGCUCACCCCAAGCAAUGAAAUUAUCCACGACGGAAAUGACGAAAUUUUCCGUCUGUUGGCUGAACACUAUACUGGGUCUCUGACUUUAAGUCGGCUCGAGCUCAUUCAAGUUGCCCUCAAAGCUUUGAAGUCUAGACAGUUCACAGAGUUUCAACGUGGUGAUAUUGCCUAUGCUCUCAUGACACUUCUCACGAAACGUCCCCGUAUGGAUCCUUCUGAUACAGAAGAGCAAGCUCUCGCCCGACUAUCACUGGCCAAUGAUAGUGAUCAAAUCGUCGAACGUAUGGCUUGCAUGGAUGGCAUUCGUAUGACAGGUAAACCCGCGUGGUUCAAUCUUGAAGAUGAUCUUGGUGCCAAUCUAUGGGACAUUCAGCCUCUCUGUCAGGUAGCAGGUGUUUGCCAUGACGGGUCCUUAAUUCUAGAUGGUGCUCAUGCAAUCUCAAUUCGUUGGAAGGACAUUCCCAGAAUUUAUUCUCUCAGAAGAAGAUCUUGGAAGAAGCUAGGCGCUGAUUGGGCUUUGGCAUUUGGACCAAUUUUGUUUAUUGCGGGAUGCGCUUUGGUGGCUCAAGGUGGCUCAGUUGGUGGACUGGGGGCCUUUUUCUUAGUCCUGGGACUUAUCAUUUUGCUCUCAGCACCCUUUGCUGUGAGGAUUCUCUACGGCGGGAAAGUUUGGGGUGCCACACCUUGGCUUGUCGGCUUUGAAGGAACUCUUUCACUUGACCAGAUCGAAACUCUAACUUUCGGAAACUCAAUUGGUCGUCUUCAAUACACGCCUUCUAGCGGUCCAUACUGCACUGGUAAAGCAGAUGAGAGAAUCGGUGGGGAACCUCACUUUAAUGUUGCGGAUCUUCCUCACGGUCAUAGAUUGUUCACAUUGAUUGAUACCGGCACAAUGACUGUUACUGUUUUCUCCGCCGAACGUCCUCCAUCCGUAGCUCUACUGGCGGGUAAAGAAGGAGGAAUGUUACGAACAAUUCUGUGCUCUUACGAAAGAUCUAAUAAUGGGUUGCGUAAAGAAUGUGUACUGAGAAUGGAGACCCCAAUGUGGGAUGCCAGCGAUGCGAUGGGAUGGGUGAAACUCACAUAG